GCGUUAUCUUAAUUCUGACUGGCCAACUCAAGGCCAUUAGCACGUUGUAAUUAUUCACUGUUAGCCUCGAAAAAAAUAUAUAUAUUCCCUUUACUGUAUUUUAUACAUAGUCCACUUCUAUAUAUAAAAAUGAUUGCCAUAUCCUUUGCUAUCUUAUGACUUGUUUGUUGUUAAAUUUACAAGUCUCCAACGUGUUUCGUAUUUAUAUCUUAUUUUUACGUUGUAUCGACGUGAUCAGUCGAUAGAGGACAUAUGACAAGGCCAUUAUCCAUAAAACCUUUAUAAUCGAUUAUCUUAAACCCAGUCAAAAGACGGAAAUAAAGAGGUUCAAAGAUAUAUUUUAUGGCCCCAAGCUGCCAGCUUUGGGGAAAAUUUGGUCCAUUUUGGGGGAGCCGCUAUAGUAAAUUUUGGGGAAAUGAGACGAAAAACCCUAAAUUUCCCCAGACUAGCGCUAGUCAGUGUCGUAAAGUAUGUUAUCUAAACUGACUAGUUGUUGCAAUGGAUGCGUACCAUGGUGAACCCAAUGGUGAUCUUGUGCAGAUACAUGAUUGAGCUCUUUUAGCUAGGGUGUUUCCAUUAGAACUAAUGAGGUGAAUGUUCGUGUCAAAUACGUGCAGAACUAUUUGUCGUGGGGAUUUACCUACCACUACGCGCAAAAAGUUAUGCUCGGUUACCGUACUGUCUUAACAGUAAUGAGGGACUAUAGUGUUAUCAUUUGGUAAGUACUUUGAUAGUAGUACGUUACUUUACUGUUCAAAACAAAAGAAUGCACUCCACUAAGCUAAAUUGGUAGUUUCAAAUACUUGAUAUUCCCCUAAUCAAAUCUCUGUUUUCUCAAGUGUUUUCCCUGCGUAUCAUCUUUAGAAUAUUUGUCUAAGUGUUUAUUUAACGUUCUAACAAAAUUCUUAGCUACACCUAAUUUUGAUCAAUUUGGUCCAUCCAAAUAACUAAGUAUGUGGUUGUGACAAGUUAUUUUGAUAUGCUAACAAGUUGCGCCGAUUCAUCACCUUCCAAAGCCCCAUGCGUGUAAGGUUUUCAUAUUUUGUUCGUCUCUUCGGUUUUUUGGCGGUGUUAACAGCUUUUAUCGUACUGUGGAAAUUGGGGAAUGUCUCAUAUUAUUUGGGAUCUAAAAAGGGUUUCAACCACAGUCAUGAAUCUGAUUACGACGGAAACGGCUUCAAAAAUGAAUAUGACAGAUUCACUCGUGAAUUUGAAAGAUUAAACUCAGACUCCGUUCGUUCUAUCCGGUGCAUAGUAAAUGAAAAAUUAAUAGUCGGGUGCUAUUUGCUGAAAUCACAAGAAGUACUCAUACCAUUUGAAUUAGUCCGUAAUUAUUUUAAGAGUGAUGUCAAGAGUAUGGGGAUAUCUUCUUCGUCCACAGUAUGCUUAUAAUUGUUCAUGAAUAAAACUAACACGUUUUAUCAACAUCCCAAAGUGUGAGAAAGCCAUUUUAAUAAUUCACCACUAGUAAUGUAGUCGGAUGAUAUAGAUGAGGUAACUUUGAAAAUCUCUUCUUGUGGAUCUUCCGACUUCUUGCUGUUGAUAUUCGUUGCGUCUACUGCGAAUUAUUGAUAUUCAAGUCGUGCUUCGCUCCUAUUUGUAUCUAUUUAUAUUGAAGUUUAUGGUUCCCUUGAUUUAUCGUCUAGCACAUUUUAUUGGAAUCACGCCAAUGUUGACAUCCCAAAACCAUAUUUGCAUAAACAUAAUCCUGUCGGUAUAUAUAUGCAGUUUCAUAAAUCCAAUGUAGAAAAACGAGAUAAUGUGAAAUUAAUCGUUGCAGAUGAAGGAGUACCAAUCAGUCAACAAUGGAGAUCUCGCGGUUAUCCAUAUCCAAUUCAAAUAGCACAAUUUGGCUUGAAUCAUUUCAGUCAAUUAGUAAUAUCAGCUGGUCGAGCGAAAUCUGAAAAUGUACGAAAUGUUUUGUCGUUGGACAAUAAAAAUAUGGAGUUAGAUCUUAUUGUUCCCAGUAAUAAUGUAAUUCAUCGUUGGGCUGAUAAAGAGUUUAUACAUAAAUGGAAUGACAGACUUAUGUUAUCAGUUGAUAAACUGAACUCCUAUGGUCAAGUAUUGUCAAUAAUCCCAAAGCUUCAAGAAUGGGAUUAUCUCAUUAUGAGUGGUCGUCAGUGGACAUAUGGAAGCCAUAUUGAAUUAUCACUUUUAUGGUAUCCUCCAGGUGGAAGUUAUAAGAAUUACCCUACAAAAAGUUUAAUUGUAUACAAUUGUUCAUCGUCUCCAAGUAGACAUGUCAGUUCGGUAUUUAUUUAUAUUGUAAAUUAAUAAUACUGUUUCUACAAACAACGGUAAUAAUUGUAAUUAAUAUGUCAGUGUUGAAAACAGGCUUAAUAUUUUUGUGACAAAUAAUUGCCAUUUGUUUAUAAUGUGAAGUUUGCUCGAUCUACUUAUUGUUUAGGAUCUGAUUGAUAUCAUGAAGUGAACUAUUUUGUAACUAAAUAAUAACAGAAGUCACAAAAUAAACCGUAACAAAGAAUAUCGUACAUUUAUGGUCAGUUAUUCAUAAUCACUGUGGAGCUGAGCACAGAAAUGAGUUAACCUAAUUCGCCAUGUCACGUCAACCCAACAAGAUAAAGUUAACUGGCUAAGCAGCAGAUAGAUCAAGACCAUCGUAGCGUCUAUGAUAACACAAAAGGCUAAAGAUAUAGAAUAUGGUUUGACAAGAUGGAAUGUAAAGGUACAUAUGAAGGAAUAUUGGUACUCGAUAUCUAAAUGAAGAUAAAGGGCAAAUAUAUCUGUGCCGACACCGAUUUUGAUCUAUUUCAUCCAAUGUUUUCAACUGAUGACCAAAAUUAGUCAAAAACGAUUCUCCAAACUUAAGCGUUUUAAGUUUCUGGACGGCAUACUUACUGUGGAAUCAAUCCACAUGGCUCGCAUCCUGAAUAGCUUAUUCUCUAAAACACCGAAAAAGUGUAUAAAUAUUCAUACACUACUCUGUGUAUCAUCAAUUUUAUUGAAGUACAAAUGUUUUCUUUUUUCUCAAUAGUUUGAGGGUGGGUUCAACAGUUAUUCAGGGCAUAGUACAAGUUAUAUUGCAAAAUAUUGCUUUGCAUUUACUCUUGUGUUUACUCUUUCGUUAAGAUUCGAUUCGCGUAGCUAGAUGCGAGUCAUAACAGUUAGUAACUGUUUUCCUGUUGACUCAAAUAUUAAUUAAGUAACUACAUAAUAGGUAAUUUAUUUCACUGUGUAUUAACUUUUUUGUCUUUCAGCAAACCUAUGCCACUAUCAUUCAUAAUAAUAAAGUCACAUAUUGGAUGCCUGAAUGUGAAAAACAAGCCAAGAUAUAUGGAUUUGUUGAUAAUAUCAAGGUAGCACGUGAUCUUUACACUGAUUUAAUGAAAGUAUUCUACGCAAAUCGAAAGUCAUCGGAAUAUACUGGUUUAAGUAGUAUGAAAUUAUUAAAUACUGUUAAUGAUACUAAAAAUCCAUCUCAUGUACAAGUAUUAAAUAUAAACUUCUAUAUUAAUGCCCAAUAUAACACUAAUGAUAUCAUCAUAGAAAAAUUAUACCUUGGUAAAUUAACCAAUUUACAAUUAACAUUUCCAACUGUAAAUAGAAUAAACUUGGCAGAGAAAUUAUUUCAUGAAAUACGUUUUAUGUCUGCUGCUGAUUGGUUUAUUAAGCAUCAAGAUAAAAAGACUGGUGGUUGGUCUGUUAAUGUUCAACGUUCAUUCAAUGGUAGAAAAGCUCUAAAACCUGGAUGGUAUUCUGCUAUGGGUCAAGGUCAAGCGAUUUCACUUCUAGUUAGAACUUAUAAUUACACUGGGAACCCAUUAUAUUUGGAAGCUUGUCAUCGUGCUUUAGAUUUGUUUAGUGUAAAUAUAAAUCAUGGAGGUAUUCGUUCGUAUUUCCUCAAUCAAUCCGAUUUAGUAUGGUUCGAAGAGUACCCGUUUGAUCCUCCAAUUCAUAUAUUAAAUGGGUUUAUUUAUUCACUCAUAGGUUUAUAUGAUUAUACCAAAUUAUUGGUGAACUCUGCAGAUCCUUUGACUUUAUCCUAUCUUUCGAAAGCUCAAAAUUAUUUAGAUAUAGGAUUAACAAGUUUGUCCAAAUUGCUCCCGCUAUUCGAUUCUGGUAGUGGGAGUUUCUAUGAUCUUCGGCAUCUUUCAACGGCAUAUAAUAAUAAACCGGUAAAACAAGGUCGAUCUAAAUUUUCUAAAACUUCUUUUCAAUUAUCCACUGGACCCAAUCGAGCUCGUUGGAGUUAUCAUUCUGUGCACAUUAAACAACUUCAAACUUUGGUUGAUUUAGAUCCAAAACAUGCUUUUCAAUGGAAUACUACAGCUAAUCGAUGGAUUGCUUAUCUUCAAGGUUUCAUAUCUCUUCAAAAUUAAUGUGCUUACUCUUACAAUCGAAUUACUUUCAACAUCUUUGUGUUUUAAGACGGAUUCCAAUCAUUUACACUACUGUUACAUAUAUACAUAUACCAGCCAGUAAUUUGCAUUUAUUUUGAUAUUAGUCGUUAUACAUUAUAUGUAUACAAUAUCCAAGUGAUUAUUGGGAAUUACAUGUAAUUUCGUUUUCUUAUUUAGUAUUCACUUAAAACAAUGCUUAAACUUUUAAGAUUAAGAUAAGAGACACAUCCAGUUAUCUACUGGAUAAUUUGUAAGACAUUCUUAUUGAUGGAUCACUUCAAUGUUGGUUUACUGUUUUAUAUUUUAUGACUAAAUAAACUUCCAUAGUUUCUUUUGGUGUUUUCUACUUAUGGCUAAUAAUAAUAUUGCAUCGACUUGUUCCCACACGGCUUUUGUAGAUAUGGACGUCCUUUUUUUAACAGUGAUUCCUCGAUCAAAGAUUUUUCAGUUGAGAAACAUUCAACUUUACGAGAGAUAUAUUUUCACAAGUAACUCCUAUUGCUGAGAACAUUGGUUCACCGGUUAUACACGUGUUCAGAUAUUAUCGCUAUUGUAUAUAGACUGGGAAUUCCAAUGUCUUGUUGAACAUAAGUGUUUUUUCGCCAAACAAUAGUGAACUGAGUUGUAACCCUAAUUUGUAGUAAUGUUUAACGAAUUUACAUUUUGUUGUAAAAAUGAUGCGUAGUAAACCAUUC